CGGAGCCUCAGAGAGUGCGCCACGCUUUCCUGGAGCUCCCGGAGCUCCUGGUGGAGGAGCAGGUAUUAGCGGUUUGGACUCACUGAAGAUCCUGAGCUUGCCUGAGAGGAAUGGCCACGGUCCCCAAGAACAACAUGGGACCUACAAAGGCGGUUCCCACCCCAUUCGGCUGCAUUGGCUGUAAGCUGCCAAAGCCCGACUACCCACCAGCUCUAAUACUCUUCGUGUUCUGCGCAAUGGUCAUCACCGUCGUAGUAGACCUGGUCGGAAACUCCAUGGUCAUUUUGGCUGUGACCAAGAACAAGAAGCUCCGAAAUUCUGGCAACAUCUUUGUGGUCAGCCUCUCUGUGGCAGACAUGCUGGUAGCCAUCUAUCCCUACCCUUUGAUGCUGUAUGCCAUGUCAGUUGGGGGCUGGGAUCUGAGUCAGCUCCAGUGCCAGAUGGUCGGGUUGGUCACAGGACUGAGUGUAGUCGGUUCCAUCUUCAACAUUACUGCCAUUGCCAUCAACCGUUACUGCUACAUCUGCCACAGCCUCCAAUACAAGCGGAUCUUCAGCCUGCGCAACACUUGCAUCUAUCUGGUCGUUACCUGGGUCAUGACAGUCCUGGCUGUCCUGCCUAACAUGUACAUUGGCACCAUUGAGUAUGACCCUCGCACCUACACCUGCAUCUUCAACUAUGCGAACAAUCCUGCUUUUACUGUGACCAUUGUCUGCAUCCACUUCGUCCUCCCUCUCAUCAUAGUCAGUUAUUGCUACAUGAAAAUCUGGAUCAAAGUGCUGGCAGCCCGUGACCCAGCUGGACAGAAUCCUGACAACCAGUUUGCUGAGGUUCGAAAUUUUCUAACCAUGUUUGUGAUCUUCCUCCUUUUUGCAGUGUGCUGGUGCCCUGUCAAUGUGCUCACUGUGUUGGCGGCUGUCAUUCCAAAGGAAAUGGCAGGCAAGAUCCCCAACUGGCUUUAUCUUGCAGCCUACUGCAUAGCCUACUUCAACAGCUGUCUCAACGCCAUCAUCUACGGUAUCCUCAAUGAGAGUUUCCGAAGAGAAUACUGGACCAUCUUCCAUGCUAUGCGGCACCCUAUCCUGUUCAUCUCUCACCUCAUCAGUGAUAUUCGGGAGACUUGGGAGACCCGAGCUCUCACUCGUGCCCGUGUCCGUGCCCGUGAUCAAGUCCGAGAGCAAGAGCGUGCUCGUGCCUGUGUCACUGUGGAGGGGACCCCGAGGAACGUCCGGAAUGUUCUACUGCCUGGUGAUGCAGCAUCUCGCUGCUCUGAUCGUGCCUCUGAUCGUGCCUCUGUCCGUCCCAAGCCCCAAACCAGGUCUACUUCUGCCUACCGCAAACCUGCCUCUAUCCACCACAAGUCUAUUUCUGGCCACCCCAAGUCUGCCUCUGUGUACCCUAAGCCAGCCUCCUCUGUCCAUUGCAAGCCUGCCUCUGUCCAUUUCAAACCUGCCUCUGUUCAUUUCAAGGGUGACUCUGUCUAUUUCAAGGGAGACAGUGUCCAUUACAGGGCUGCUUCCAAACUUGUCACCAGUCACUGUAUCUCUGCUGGCCCUUCCACCAGUCACUCUACAUCCAUGGCUGGCUACAUUAAGCCUGGUACCAGCCACCCUGUGACCACCACUGUUGACUAUCUCGAACCUGCCACGACCAGCCACUCUGUGCUCACUGCUGUUGACCUCCCUGAGGUCUCAGCCUCCCAUUCCCUUGAGAUGACCACCACUGGCCACCUCAAACCUAACAUUCCUGCCUCCAUCCUUCCCACUGUACCCCUUGAGCUUGCUGCCACCCCUCCUGAUACCGCUGUAAUCCCCAUUGCCACUGGCGAUUACCGCAAGGUCGUGCUUAUUGAUGAUGAUUCUGAUGAUUCUGAUUGUUCUGAUGAGAUGGCUGUGUGAAAAGGGUCCAUUCGAGUUUUCCCUGCUUAUGCAGUCCAGAGUGAGAUACGUACACAUCGACGGACACACACAGACACGGACCCCAGACACAGUGGAAGUUCCAUCUACCUUUCAGACAUAUUCCUCUUUGGCACCCUGUACUCUUGAAAGUGUGUGUAUAUUCUUGCUAUCUUAGAGAACAAAUUUCCAAGUGUGAUGCCUGUGGUCCUGAGGUCCUAAGCCUCGCUGUCCCCCUUUCCUGAUUUUCUCUGCCUCCUGCUUUCUUCUCCCUUUCCCAGGACUGGGGGAGGAGUGCAUGCGCACUGGUCAAGGCUGUCUUGGAUAGCUCUGUAAUGUGACUGUGACAGCGCAGCUUUAUGUUGUGUGUAAUCUGUGUUGUACCUUUAAUGGCAGUCAGAAAAGGAUUGAUAAUGAAAUACAAACACUUGAAAUUUGCUUUUCAAGAUUCAGUGACAAAAUACAAUCCCCCUAUUUGAAGAACAGAAUUAGAUAAGUUCUUAUUAAAGUUCAUUUUAAUGCCUGUCAGAUCAAGUGGCAAAAGGAAUGACAUGUCAUACCAAGUUGAUUCUAUUUUGUGUAAAUUUAAACACUGGUGCUGAUUUGUAUAUAUUUGGUUGCAAAUGAUGAGACAUUUUUACCCUGUUUUUGGUCAUUUGAGGUUUUCAGGUAUUGACCAGCACAUUCUUUUAUUUCCACAGUAUUUUCUUAUGAUUGGUAACCCCGAGUGUCAAUUACAGUUAUGUUUACAAUAUUCUAAUUCAUAAUCACUCUUUUAAUCACCAUCAGUUUUUACAUCUUUUCAUCCAGAAGUAAGCACUGGUAGCCAGAAGCAAGUGGAGUAGUAAGACGCCUUGUCCUUGUGACCUUCCUGGUUGGAGGCUGGAGACAAGCAGGAAGAGAUGCUAGCACCAGUGAGUCCGAUCAUGCUUUGCUCAGUGACACAGUGUGAAGCACUUGGUCUCAGGUCAACCCAGACAGUGAUUUUCCUUUAGAAUUCAAGAACAAACUGCCAUUUAAAUGAAAUUUCAAUUACUAAUUCAAAUUGAUACUUUAAUCAAAGUUUACUUUACAAAAGCUUGUAAGGAAAACCCGAAAUGUAUCAUACUGCCUUAAUUAUAUUCUGCAUUUGUGGUAGCAGUUAAAUAAAAGUGGUUCUGUGGCUUUA